UGAUCUGCUUCUACGGUUCUGACCCUCGCCAGAGUCGCUGGUCUCUCUCGGAAUCUCGCGUGUGACACCUCUCGCUGCAAUCUGCCUCGACCACGAGGUGCAAUGGCGAGGACCACGCGGUCGACGGCGACGGAGCGCGCGUACCUGCAGUUCGCGCCGUCGCCGAACGGCGUGGUGGCCAGCCCGGCCGAGGAGUUCGACGAGUCGGACAUCUGGGGCUCGUUCAGCCAGGCCGUCGCGUCGGAUCCCAGGGCACCGGCCGAGUCGCUGCGGGCUCGUCCGGUUCCGGCUGCCGCCCGGCCGGCCGGGCGGCAGACGAAGCCGGUGGCGGUCGGCAGGGCCGGCGGCGCAGCGCACGGGUCUUUGCCGGUGAAUAUACCGGACUGGUCCAAGAUCCUUGGCGACGAGUACCGGGGCCGCCACGACGCCGGCGACUGGGAGCUGGACGACGCGGACGAGGACGACGUCGACGCGGCGGCGGUGCCGCCGCACGUGCUGGCGUGGCGGCGCCGGGCCGCGUCGUUGUUGGCGCACGAAGGCGCGGGCGUCGUCGGCAGGACGCUCAAGGUCCGGGACGCGGUUUGGAAGAGGACCACCGGGUUCCAGGACUGACUGACGGACUUGGACGCCAUUGCAGUACUAGCUGCUUUGCUUUGCUUUAACAGAGGAUUAGAUUUCGAUCGGCACUACUUGAUUACUAGCUAGCAGCAGCAGAUGAUGUUGGCUUUAGCUUUUGACAGCGCUCAAUUACCCUUUUGUUUCGGGGUAAUUUGCCUUCGUUCGAUCCCUCCGUGGUGCACUGAGGAGAGAGAAAGAUUGUAAGAUUGUCCAUUGUUGGAGUAUUAUGUUAGUUGAUUCUUUUUUCCGAAA